AUGGCACACUCUUCAACGAUAAAAGCACUCAACCCGAUAGACAUCAAACUGCCAGAUCACAUAGUCAAAGUCUUUUUUCCCCAUCCAAUAUUCUUAAUUUUCGGCAAAUCUUCAGGGCGCCGCUUUAGUCGAUCCGAGUUUAUCCGAAUGGAAUCCGGAGAUUAUGCUCCCCUUCCAACGGGGCUCAACAUUUUUGAUGAUAAACAAGGAGGUUGCCUAAAUCAACUAGAGCUGAGAAAAAACUGAACUGCUUGAGACGGAAGACGUGACGAACUUGACAGAGCGAGUCGCGCACCAGCUGGGGCUUCCGGAAGGCAACGUCUACGGACUUCUUCUGGAGAGCCCGCGGCAAUUUCUGACGGCGUCCAACAUGAACAGCCUGUCGAACGGCUUCUUCCUCAUCGUGACCGUGUCGCAGGUGAGACAGUGUCGAGAGAACUUUCCAAAAAGGGCUCUUGAAAAGCCUUCGAAUGGUUCUCAAAGUCGUUGCGACUUCUUUCUUGGGAUGGAUGCAAAAAAAAAACGCUGAAAUAAGAUACCGAUAAAAGGAUAUAGCCCAUUCCGCACCGGUUUGUCACGCUUUUCGUUCUCCUCUGCGCCACAGAACCCUUCCCUUCGAUGCGCGCGAUGUUAUAUCUGCCUGCGCCUUUAAUAUAACGACCAAAUGAAAGACGCAGGCUGAGAAAAACCCCGCGCGCUUCGAACGGAAUGAUUUUCUCGGAGAAAACAAAAGUCGUGACAAGCUGGCGCGGAAUGACCUAUACAAGAAAGAAAACUGCACAGGAGAAUUUUCCGCCUUUUUGAAAACCUUUUAAAGAUUUUUGAAGUUUAAAAAAACACUCCAUUAAAAGCAGAAGAUAAAAAUGAAUGAAGCAUUUCUUAGAGUGUCCCCUUUACUUCCCGUAAAAAUCGAGUAAAAUUUAAUGUUUUCUAAGAACCUUGAAGAGGGCUAAAAAAAGAGAUUCAAAAAAAGUAAUAAUAAAAUUUUGUGGAGCGAUGAAAAAAAUUUUUGCUUCAUGCUCCGUGAUCAAAUAAGAUUACCACACUUGAUAAACCGCUUCCCGUUAUUUUUUUAUUCUUCAUUAAAGGAAGCUCUGAGAAUAUUUGAAACUAUGAUUAGAACUUUUUCAAGCUUAGGAUUACCUUUUCAAGCUGCGGAUCUAGAAUUCAAUCAACUAUUUGUUUGAAGAUCGAGUUGAAAUUUGGAGAGAUCAUCUAAAAAAAAAUAACCUCUUUUUGAUCGAACAAGUAUCCACGCAACUUCUGCGAAUGGAAGUUCGAAGCUGACUCUUCUGGAUUCAGGGGGUCUUAAAGUACACUUCAGCGAAGUUUCUUCGAAAGUUCAACCGGGGGUAAAAAACGUUCCCUAGUGAGCUUUUCCAAAUUGUAUCUCAUUAAUGAUUCCCUAAUGACUCUCGAGUUCAUAUAGAUCCCUUCAGAGUGAGUUUCUCUCGCGCAUCAAUGACGCUCUUUCCCUCGACGACCUCAGCAAAGUGGAAUGGGCCGCCGCCAAAUUCUCCGAAUUUCCUAUGGUCGGUUCCUAAAAAAAAACAGGAAUUCGAGCGAUUUUAAGCUCGGCCAUCUGACUUUCUAAAUGUCUUUAUUCUCGUACUUUGAUUUAAUCCAGCUUGGGUAAUGAAACUGCACAAAUCGCUGUAUUCUUCAGAGUCCAUCGUUGGCACAGCAGCUGGACAACGUUCCAAUCAUCGAGACCGUCUUCAGUUGCCUGCAAAAAGAGGCGGCACUCGCGUAGGACCUCUUCAGUAUCAGCAGACUUUCAAGGAGUUUCAGUAGCGCGACGGCGACAACGCGUUGUCUGGAAGCCGUGGGCUCUCUCCUCGACCUGCGACAACAGCAUUCGGGUUGGAGGCCGAUCCGCGAAGACGCCGUCUCCACCGUCGCUUCCUUCGUCACAGGUCGGAGUCCCCUCGACCUCUUCUUCUAGCGACUUCAGGCCGAUCCAAACGCGAAGACACCAACAUUGUCAUUGCUGCUCUGCAGCUCCUCGAGCAGUUCAUCAACUACAACAAGUAUUCUGAAUUGGUUUAUUAAGAUUUCCCAUUUCUCGUAGUGGUCCACUGAACGAAUUCGUUCUCAAAGAAGUUGCUCUCGAGUCGUUGGUCAGACAUUUGGAAAAAUCGGACGAAAGAGUUGCGGUCGCUUCGCUUUCCUUGAUGAACGCCCUGCUCAGAAUAAGCAGCGAGGAGCGCCGCGCCGAAGCCUUGGAGGUUCGAAAAGAAGCAUCGAUAUUCUGAAUCAGCCUUCAGAAUCUUCAAAAUGUUCCUUUUCGGAGCGUCGUCAAGCGAAUGUUGUGUCGUGAAGGAAAAGCCCGGAAUCUUGCCAUGAUAGAACAGCUCGUUGAAUUGCACAAGAUGAAAACUAGAUAUAUUGACACCUCGCCGGCUUCGGAGGCGGAAAUUCAAAGAAUCGUGGUGAGCAAAUUCAUAGGCAAAGUCGGAAAUGGGCGAAAGAGGCUUCAUAGAAAUCUUCCUUUUAGGGUGAAAAAGACUCCCUUUUUCUUGCGCACUUGCGCCAUUUUUUCGGCUCUUACGCACCAUUUUUUCUGCCUCUCCCUUUUUCACCAUUCUUGGGCUUUUGAAAUUCUAGAAAAAAUGAAAGGCUCGAUGAAGGAACCUUUUUGCUGCCGUUCUGCGACCUUUUUCGAGUUUUUCUCUUUUAGCGGCCAUUAUCCACCAUUCCGACUUUGCCCGAGUUGAAACGUAACAAAAAUCCACGGUCCGGGAAAAGUUUUGCAAGCUCAGUCAAUUCACUUGCAGAUCUUUGACCUCAAUCAUUUUCCAAUGAACCGGAAAAAUUUGUAGGAGAACGAGAUAAUAAAGACGAGUGCCGGACAAGAAAGUGCGGAGGGAUCCGAAAAAGCUCUGAGAGAAAACAAAUGCGGACGUCUGGCUACCUCAACCAUCCUGCAACUCAUUGAAAGCAACUCGCAAGACCUCAAACUAGUUUCUCGGCUCUUUUCUGACAUUCCAAUAAUCCCUAUUGUCUAGCUCAUUUUCGAGAACUUGAUGAGGCCUGAAGGCGGUAAAUGGAGUCUCAUACCGAUGUGCAUCAUCUGUAACUACAUCGUCGCCGAACUGUUCGGCAUCCUCCCAGGUUUUUUUGGGAUCUGUUUUUGAGCACGUAUGCAAGUUCAGGGGAUGAGGUCAUCGAAAAGAUGAUCGAGCUGAUUUUCUCCGAAGAAAACAACUACCAGGAAGUUUUCACGGCCACUGUGUAUCUAUUCCAUCGGACAUGGCGAGAAAUGGUCGCCUCGGAAGUUGAACUGGAGAAGGUGUUCAAAUCUUCUUUUUUUUUAUUCAUAAAGUGCAUUUUUUUCAAUCUUAGAGAGUUUUUAGUAUCAUCCUUCUUUCAGUGUCAUUGAAAAACGGAGCUCAUGGCUUUCAAAAUGUGUUGUUCAUCUACUUGUUCUUCUACAGUUCAAGACUCCAACUGUUUCAGGUUCAAAACAUAGUCCGCGAGCAAAUGCAGAGAGCAAUGCUCAACGGACCUUCAAGUAUCCAGGAGCUGAACGCGGAGCUGGAGAAGCUCUCGUAUUGGAAGAUGCAGGAGAUUUGGGAGAAGGAGGAGCAAGAGAAGGAGAACAAUCAGAUGAUGACUGGGAGCAUGGUGUAGGAGCUUAAAGCAGUCUCUCUUCUCAAAAAAAAGCUUUUCAGGGCUCUCCGUAGCAAGCUGCAGCCGGUGAUCGAGGAUUUGGUUCGAACCAAGUUCCGAUAUUACCUGAAAAGCGGCUACAAGUUCAGCAAGACUUUCAAAGGGAAAUCUUCGAACAAAGGUAGUACUGUGGUCAUUUUCGUGAGAGUUCUUAGAGAGAUUUUUUGGGAGUUUCAAAAAUAUAAUCGACGUCUUCCAAAGUUUACAUGGAACUAACAGUUCAAAAUAUCUGUUUUGGAUGGUUCUAAAAAAAUAUUUCGGUAAAAGAAAAUCUGGAAACAGAUAACUGGGAAACGUUUUUCGCCCCCCUCAUACGUCGGCUGCAUUCUUCCUCGGGGUGUGGCCUACCCCCCUCAAACUGCGGCCUACUCCUCGAAAAGAGCAUCUUAGGAACGUUUUGGCUCUGGAAGCUGGACAACACGGAGAAGUUUUUCACGCUAACGACCUGUGACGAAGAUACGAUGAUCGCGGCGGCGACCGCUGAGAACGACUCUCGACAAGGUUUAAUUGCCCCAGCAGAACCCGGGACUUGUUUCUCGUAGUGUGGCUCAGAGACGUGGUCAAAGUGAGUGGCGGCGAGGAACUGGAGAGAUCGAACAAGCCCUCGUCGACGCCCUCCAGGUCGCUCACUCAGAACCUCGUGCGGGUGCACCUCAACGACGGUGAGGUCCUCGCCGCUUCGACAUUCGACGAACGCGUCGCUGCCAUAUGGAUCGAGGGCCUGACCCAGCUCAUCGACAAAAACAAAAUGAGGUGGCCAGUUGAAAAAAAUAUCCUCUAUUUUUGACAACUCUUCUUAACUGGGCUCAUCAGGGAAGUGGGGGAGGUGAACAUGCAGAUCUGGUCUGAAACCACGACUUGGAAUUUCACCGGACGAAGAUCCGCUGUGCCGCUGCGCGCCUUUGCGAAUCUUGGUCGCGCACAGACUAUAAAUAGUCCUAGCUAUGAGUGCUAGAAAACAAAAAGAAAUAUCUGCUAAGCGCCAUAGGGUAAUGAGAAAUAGCUUGUUGAAAAUUUACGGGAAACUGAUUUCCUUCGGUUUUGUUGUUCUAGUGUUUUUCACUAUAACAUAAAUAACACGUGAAAGAAACUUUUUUCAAAAAAAAAAACCCGGAGAGACUUCGUUUUUGGGCUUUUCCUGUACAUUUCCGACAGGCUCUUUCUCAGUACCCUAUGGCGUUUAGCAAAUAAUUCUUCUUGCUUUCGAAUACUCACACCUAGGAAUACCUACCAAAGAAGUAUGAACAAUAUCUGCGAUGGUCACCUCACACACUUUCCUUGUGAGACCUCUCUUAUAGUUGAUUCACGGCUGGCUUGAGCCAUCGAAAAAGGGGUCCUGACACGAUAAUAAAAGAGACAGUGCCUGUCUGGAGGAGAGCGCAGACAGACCACGCCCUUUUUGAGUUCCAAGCUAUCCGUGAAUCGGCUGUAAACACAAAAUGAUCGAAUAAGAUUUUAGGAAAAAAUUAUUUGUAUAUUUUCUACAAUCAAAAAAGGAAUUCCAGCAAAGACGCGAUGAAUCGAGUAGACCAAUUACUCAACAUGGAGAUUCGGGUCCGGAUGCUCGGCAUUUCAAGGCAAAGUGAUCAACCUCCGCCAGUUCCUCCCCUCCCAAUUAAUCUCAAGAAACUCAUAAUGAAUGAUUAAAAAACUUCCGGAAAUUUUUAUGGGUUAUGCGAUUAUGAAAACAAAAAUCCACUGUUACGGUUAGCAAACGCGUGGUUGCCACAGUGUACUCUGUCGCCACAUUGUUAUUUAUUUUUGUCGUUGACAGGCUAUUUCACUUCCUUCUUGUAAUUGAUUCCUUUCGUGUGAUUCCCUUGUUUGGCUUGAAAAUGUUUUAUCGAGUUCAUGUAGAUAAAUUUCAUGCAGAAAUGUCAACAGAUAUGUUUGCUUUGAAACGUCAAUUGCGGGAAAAGAUGGCGGGACUUCUAGCUCGAAUCCCAGAAGAAGAGGUGGUGUCACAGAGCUCUUCAGUGUGCGAAAAAGUGGGCUUAUAGAAUAUAGUUUCUUAAUUAUGUUUCAAGGUUUUUGCUGCUGAUUGGUAUAAGAACAGCAAACGGAUAUCCGUGUACGUCAAUACUUCUGGCGAGGUGAUGACCGAUCGGAUCGUCCUGAACGCUCUCGAGUCCGGCAAGGAAGUCUUCAUCCCACAGGUGGCUGAUUCAAAUUUUCUUCUUCGAUCAAAACGUUUGAAAACAUCCUCAGCCAAUCAGCAGAUGGAUUCUAUAGUUCGUGAGUUGAAACUAUCGCAAAGAUUUUAAUUCCUUUAAUCGUCAAAAUUUUUCCCUAUCACCUUUGAAUCAAAGUUUACAGUUCAAAAAAGGGAAUCCUGAGAUGAAAAUGAUGAAGCUGAGUAGCCGCGAACAGUUUGAAGCUCUUGACAAAACGUUGUGGAACAUUCGGCAGCCGGCGCAAGACGCUGACUGGCCGCUCUACGAAAAUUCUGGUAGGUCUUUUCUCAUUUCCUCGCAUCGAAAUGAAUUCAGGACCGCUAGAUUUAGUUCUCCUUCCUGGUGUCGCCUUUUCGCGUAAAAUGCACCGUCUUGGACAUGGAAAGGUCUCUUUUUGUGGCUAAAUUAUCCUUGUUUUUCUACGGCUUAAAAUUUUCUUGCACCUCAGUCAACUCUCUUAUAUAAAAUAGCUUGAUGAGAGAUUUUUACAGGGUUUCUACGAUAAAAUGUUGCACAACCACGAGAAUCAGUUCGGGAAGAUGCCUGAACGCGUUGCCCUGGCUCUCACGCAGCAAGUCAUCGAUGAUGUUCCUAUCACGGAUAACGACGUUCUUCUUACUCAUAUCGUAACCGCCUGAUACUUUUUCGUUUCUUCAUUGAUUUCGAUCACGAUGAGGUGGUAUGAAAUUUCGCUGGCUUUUUUUCGUAUUCUCCAAGCUAUCUUUACCUUAUAAUUGUAAUAAAAUUCAAAAUUGAACUGUUGUAAUGAUCAGAAAAUCAGACUUCGAUGCAUAGAAAGUUUCUUUCCAAAGAGUGUUGAAAUUAAUAUUCGUCUAAUAAAACUUCCUAAAUACGCAACAUGGUCUGUAGCAGUGUAAUUAAAUCAUGUGAACGCUAAAAAUUUGGCUAUCCCAGUUAAAACUUUACAGACCCCAGCUAGGCAGAGUUAAGAAACAAAUUUUCUUGUUAAAUAUGUUUGUAAUUUAGCGAGAAGUUUGAAAUGAGCUUUUUUUCCUUUUCGAGAACCGAGCAAACAUAUGAGCUGCGUGGGUGUAGAGAAAAAGGGAGGGGGGAGGUUAUUGAUCGCAGCCAAAGGGGAGUAAGGACGUCGAGUCCACCUUCACUAACCCACUCUUCGCAGUCCCUAAAGGAAACCGUCUCCAUGUCUCAGGAUAUGUUCGUCGAUCAUUGGAACCCCGGCGGCAGGUGAUCUCAGCUCAAAAAUAUUAAAUUUCGGUUUUUACAAUUCAGUUGUCUUUCUUUCACUUUCUUCCAUAAGAAUUUCAAUAAGUCCAAUUUGAUUUUUGAUUUGGAUAAUCAUUGAAAUUUGAAGAAAAGAGGACAGAGGCUGAAAAAUGUUACUCUAUCUGAAAUGUUCAGGUUUUUUGAUUGAAAUAGUAGGCUGAGAAAAACGAGUUGAAGAAAAAAACUUUUAAAACUAAAAAAAUAAGGCUUGUAAAAAAAUAAGUCUUAUCUUACUUUCUAUCAUUCGAAGUAUUUUUCAUGUUUCUUUUUAUCAUUCUUUUUGGAACAAAAAUAAAUCAACGAAAAUUAUGUUUGAUUGAAAUUUAUUUAAGAAGUGUAUAAAACAAAAAUUUUUCGUUGAUAAGUGGUGAUUAAAACAGUCAAGAACUAUUUAUUGAAAGCGGAGUUCUUCUUCAGGCCAGUAAUCCAUUUUGAAUAAAACUGUAAAGUGAAGUACAUUUGUCUCUGAAAAAAAAAAUACUUUCAGCAUGGACGAUGACGAACUCGGAGUUUCCUCUGGAAAAUAUGCAAGGCUGGACGGCGAGGAGAUGGGCGAGAACAAGGAACGUUUCGCCCGUGAAAACCACAGCGAAGUGACUUUUUUUUCCUCUAUUAUAGUGUUAAAAUCAGACGUUUAUGAUGCUCUAUGUCGAUCGAAUCAUACCGAAUUUUUUUUUCUUUUUUUUUCACUGUAAAAUUUUACGUUCUUUUACUAGUCUAUGGUCUUCCUCAACUUGAGAAUUGAGAUUUUGUCGGUAAAGGAAACCCUCCAGGCGACCGAGGGACUAGCGAAUCUUUCCCUGAGCUUGAAAAUUGAUGCGUCCCAGACUUCCGUUUUUAAUUGAUUACUUUUAUUCAUAAAUCAAACAUAGGCAAAGUCGGAAAGGGUGUAAAAAAAAGCACCAUGGAAAUGUUCCUUUUUGCGCCAUUUCACCGUUUUUGUUGCCUCUCCUUUUUUCUACUAUUUCUUGAGCUUCUAAAAUCCCAGAAAAAUUGGAAGACUUACUAAAGGGACUCUUUUUGCUGCUUUUUUUUGAGCUUUUUCCUUUUAGCGGCCAUUAUCCACGAUUCCGACUUUGCCUGACAAGAAAGAUUGAGUAGAAAAAAUGGUAGAAAUAUUCCUUUGUAAUUCAAGAGAAUUAACUUGCAGAUCGAAAGAAGGAGACGCAACAAAAUGACCCACUACAUCAACGAGUUAGCCGAGAUGGUCCCGCAAUGCGCGGCGCUUGGCCGUAAGCCCGACAAACUCACGAUUCUGCGGAUGGCUGUUUCGCAUAUGAAGGCUAUUCGCGGCAAUUCGGGCCAAGUAGAAUUUUAUAAAAUUCUCGUAUAAUAUUUUGUUAUCAAGGACGAGCCCUCGUACAAGCCGUCGUUCCUUACCGACCAAGAACUCAAACAUUUGAUCCUGGAAGCUGCUAACGGCUUCUUAUUUGUCGUCUGUUGCCAGACAGGACGAGUUCUUUACGUUGCCGACUCUAUUCUGCCGGUGCUCAACUUAAAGCAGGUUUAUUUUCGAACCGAAUUUCCAGUUUUAGCCUCAUAAAACAAAAAAUUCAGGAAGAAUGGCUACAAAGAAACUUUAAUGAAUUGAUCCACCCCGAGGACCAAGAUAAAGUAAGAGACCAGCUCUCUGGUGGCGAGGUCGCUGUGAAUAAAGUCCUCGAUUUGAAAUCAGGUAACAUCUUUCUUUCAAUAACGUUUGUAAAUAAUGGAAGUAGGGGGUGUCAAGAGAGACGGAGUUUCUUCACGUGUGCAUAUGUCUUGUCGACGUGGAUUUAUCUGCAGAAUGCGUGUCGGCGACUUAGAGCCGUUGCAUCGACUUCGGAACAGGCGUCCAAUUUUCAAUCAAGAUGGUUUUUUUCUAAAAGAAGCGUCGGAAAUGAAAGAAAGGAUAAUUUUAGGAAACAAUUACGUGGUGAUGCACUGCACCGGGUAUAUCAAAAAUACCCCUCCUUCUGGUAUAGACGCUGCUGCGUCUUCUUGUCUGAUAGCCAUCGCUCGAUUGCAAGUAAAACACCUUCAGAAGCCAGACACAAAAAAUGUAUAAUUGCAGUUAGCCUCGAUGCCUGUCUGUGCAGACCCAGCAACUAGAGACCAGUUCUCUGUCAGAGUAGCUGAGGACGGAAAAAUGACAUUUAUCGACUCGAGAGUAACAGAAUUGAUAGGUCUCUCUGUUGAUCAACUAAUUGGGCGAUACUGGUGGAGCCUGGCACAUCCUAGUGAUGAGAAAAUGAUGAACGACGCAUUCUUAGCACUUAUGAGGUAAUCAGCAAGUUUUUUUCAAAAAAAUUAUUUUAUUGGUAUAUUUUUUUGAAGGUUUUCUAGCGCAAUUUGAAAAAAGAGAAGUUUUUAGGUUGUUAGAUAAGCCUGCAAAUGAGCUUUCUAAAAAAAUUUUACUUCAAGCCGAAAUAAUGAACCCAGAAAAAUAAAAAUAAAAUUUGAGUGGUAGAACUAGAAUUUGUUAUAUUCUACAGUAGAACUACAGUACCGUAAGAAGGAAUACGGAAUUACGGAGUUUCGAUUUCUUGUAAGGAAAUCAACGGUACUGUAUAUAAAACAGAGAAGACCUCAUGAGGAACACAAUGAAAAUAACCCAAUCUUAAGCUUAAUCAGCAGACUUUCAUCUAAUAACUUUUCAGAGACCAGCCUCUCCGGCUAAACUGUCGCAUUCGAACCCAAACCGACUACCUUCCCUACAUCAUCACAGCCUAUAAAUUCAUGAAUCCGUACUCGGAGCAGUUCGAGUAUGUGGUCGGCACCCAUCAGGCCAUGUCACCCGAAGAAGGAGCGACGUGGUCGGUCAGCUCCUCCAACAACAACAACUUCCAACCGAACGUCGAGUUCAACCCGCCGCCACAGGUAGCCGCACCCUGGAGAAGCGUCGAAACAAACGCCGACGCUUCUUCUCAAUGGCAAUGGGACGUCCCCUUUGAACCUCAGUGA